UGACAGAAAGAUGAAUUUUUGUGAUUUUUUCCAGAAACUCGAGUUGACGGCAGAUGAACAGAACCGACAUCCAGGAGAACUGAGUCGAGCUACUUUUGAGAAUGCCUUUCAUGGACCACUUUACAAGUUUGGGAAGCUGCUGUACAUACAGAUGAUUCGACAUUCAUCUAGUGGAGACAGAGAGAGAAUCACAAAAGAACAGUUUACCAAGGCUGGCAAGGAGCUACUGAAACUCUACGAUGAAUCCUCACAGCUGCAGUACUACUUCAAACUUUUUGCCAGUGGAAAGGAUCACCUUACUAAGGAAGAUGCCCUACAGAUGAUUGCUGUGUCCUAUGCCCUGACCCUGUCAGCUUCCAUGAUUCCAUACUCCACAGGCAGCACAGAUGACUCCUUGUUUGAGGGGGUGGUCCAGGGAAUGUUUGGGAUAAAUGAGAGGGUUACAUUUGAUGAUUUCACCUCCUGGUCCAAGAAGAAUAGUCCUCAUCUGUUCUGUGGGGUACAUAACUGGGUGUACCAGAUCCUCACUGGAUCCAAGAUGCCAUCAGAAUUGGAGACUGCCAAAGUUCCCCAGCUGGAGCGUUUUGUGGAGGAUAAGUAUGUGAUGAGUAUGGGACUACUGUGGAUGCUGACCACAGUUAUACCCCAGUCCUACACCCACAAUCAGGAGGAAAAGGAGAAAAAAGACAAACAGAAAUCCAGCGAAAAGAACCCCCUCCUCAACUCCUUCCACAUAAUCAGGAGACUGGCUCAGCUGACCCGGUGCCAGAGCUGGACUUUGUUGUACGACAGCAGAGAACAUGGCUUGUCCCAUAACAGAUUUCAUCACCACAUUUCAUCAUAUCAUGGUCCCACCAUUACUUUGGUUUCAUUUGAAGGAAGAAACACAUACUGCUUAGCUCUAGACAAACCUUGGAGAGAGGGAGCCAGUCGGUUUGGAGGAGAGGACACCAUGUUGAUCCAAGUCUCUCCAAUAUUUAGAGUCAUGCAAAAGAGUGGCCCCCUUGCGACUUGGAAUGAGUAUUCACGGGAUCUUCGUAAAGGAAUUUAUAUGGGUAAAGAUGGCAAAUCUUUGGUGCUAUUUAUUCCGGCAGAUUUUGACUCUGUGGAACACUAUGGAGUGAACUGUGCUCUCCACAAAAUAGAGAUGUGGGGAUGUGGCCCCUCAAAUAUACGUGAGGAACAGGUCAAACAAAAACAAUGGGAGAAAAAAGAGGCAGAUAAACACUCCACAAAAAAGCUUCAUCUUGAUGUUGGUAAAUGGGAGGAGAACCCAGACAAGCAGAUCUUACACUGGGGAGGGGUCAAUGUGGAGCACCAGUUUACCAGGGACAGCGGCUUCUAGGGGAGAUAAUGCCAUCCCAGCAUUCUGUGCUCCAGGGAAACUCCUCAAAAAACAAAUGUUAGACGUGCUCUUUACAGCUACUUAAAUAAGGUGUGAUAGCAUAGUUUUCAGUUCUUGAGAGAAAUGAAUCACAGACACUUUCUUAAAUACUGCGAUUGAAAUAUUAUUGAUAUGUUUAGAAUAUUUUCCCUUAUAUUUUUAAAAUGUGAUUUCUGUUGUUAAAGGCAGCCGAUUUAUUACUGGAAAGAAAUAUUUUUAAGGAUGAAUUAGAUAUACUGUUUUCCUAUAUUUUGUUUUUUGUAUUUAAAUUUAAAAAGCAAAUCCCAGUAAUUAAUAUUUUUCUGAAAAAUCAGAAUCUCAUUAAUAUUGACAUUCCAAUCUUCUUUUUGUUUUGUAUAUGUCAUACACAUACUUGUAUCUGUGUUAUGUCUAUUAGUCAUUUACUCAUGUAUAUGAUAUGACAUAAGCUGUACAUGUGCUGUGCACAUUUUGUUUCCUAAAUACUGUAUCAAUUACAGGGUACCAUAAAAUAUUUACAAUUUGUAUUAUGUAUGGUACUGUUCCACAGGAGUAGUGACAAUCUUAUGUUUGCUUUUGAUUUCUGUGUACAGAUUGUUGAAAGAUUAGAACAAUGAGUUGGUCAAAUUGCUUAAUAUUGCUUCUUUUAUGUAUAGGUGCCAUAUACCAUUAUAAUUAAAUUGAAAUGCCAAUGUAUAAUGCUGAAUGAAUUACAGGAAUUAUUUUUUCUUAAUUAGUAGAUAGAGGAAUAUUUUAUCAUGUAGUUUUCAUACUACGAAGCUUAAAUAACAGAGAAAUCUAGUCUUCUAAAGAACUGUGUUCAUAUGGAGUCAUUGUGUGAUUACUAAAUUUUCAUUUUGUUGGAGGUUAAGGCGACUUAGGCACAUAGUUAAUUGAAAUAACUUUGAGAUACCUGUACAUAUGUAUGUGAAGCAGAUUCAAGAACUUCUAAAAUCUAAACCAAAUAUCAGUUUUAUUUUACAAGGACUGUGCAACCAAAUGGAAAGAAAGUCUUUUAUAUACUGGCGGUAUAAAUAGAAUAUUACACUUUACCACAUUGUAACUGGUGCUGUUUAUUUCAUUAGAAUUGGUUAUCAGUUUUGCUGUAUUUUUGCUGAAAGUGACUGCACAGUGUAACUGGGAAGUUUUCUAUUGAUAAUUUUUGUAAGAGAUGUCACUAACACUCUAAUUGCAUGGUCCAGGGAGAGUGAUUUAAAGUCCAAUUACAGCUACACAUCAGUAAAGUUAAUGUGAUGGUCAGAUUAUGAUGAAUAUCAAAAGACUUAUGUACUGUAUAUAUUCAUAACAGAUUUUUCUUUACAUUAUCAUAGAAUUAAAUGGACAGAAAAUCACCCAUAGACACACACACAUAUACAUAGUUGCCUUACUACGUCCCUUAAUUCCAAUCUGUUGCAAGGGGAUAAUAUUAAUGUUAAUUUUUUUUAUUUUGCAAUAUUACACAUUAACAAAGAUCUUUUGAACCAGAACAGACAGACAGUCUUAUUUUAUGAAACUAAGAUAUUCAGAAUCUGAAUUCUUAUGCUACAGCCAUUGUCUAGUGACCAUUAUUUUAGUAACAUGUUUAAGACUAUAACUAUUGACUUAUAUAAUUUCUCUUACAUACUUAAGUCACUGAAUAGAUCCUUUAUAUCAGAACCAUAAAUAAUUGAAGGGUGCACAAAAUAGAUGUUUAUUUAAAUCUUGUGCUUAUUUAUUCAACCAUCUUGUGCCAAAAAUAUUAUCUGCACUUGAAUAAAUGAACAAGUAUGGCCAUGUGAAAUUUUGUUUGAUAAGUACCUGGUAUAUGAUUCAAAAAUUUAGUGGAAGCAGCACAUGUAAAGUACUAGUAAUGGAGACUUUUUUCCUUGUGAACUUCCUUCCAUAAAAUACCUCUGUUCUCUUUUGUCCAAGUUUGAGAUGGUGAAACUUUAAGGUGGACCAGCUGAACUAUAAUUUUAUGGAGUAGUUUUGAUCUUCUGUUAGUUAGAAUCAAUAAUGUUUUCAGUUGGAUUGCAUUCUCCGAUUAAAAAACAAACCAUAAUAAAUUAAAUUCAGGGUUUUAGAUAAAGAUAAUUUACCUGUAUUUCUUCUGAUUUAGAAUUGAUUAAUCAGAAUAGUUGAAUAUAUAUUGAACAUUGAUGGAUCUAUUUUAUGAGUUUGUUUAUUUGUUUAUAAUUCUUCAAAUGUUGAUAUAUUUUUUUAAUCCUUUAUAAUUUAGCCUCAAGCAUUGUAGUUUAUAUCAAUCAAGCUAGUCGUAGCUAUAAGCAUCUUUUGUAAUUUAGACUGGAGCAGUGCAGGAAGCUGUUAAUUAAUGAAGUUUAAUAAAUAGUUUGUGCAAAAAAUUUGGUGCAAGUAUUAGAUGAAUGAAAUCCAUAUUAAUUUAACUUCAGUGAAAUAGAGAUUAAAAAAUGUGUUUAUAUUAGCAUGACCUUGUGAUAGGUAUCAGGAUUUUUUUUUUUAUCUACAGCAAGAUUGUCUUCCAAUGAAAUAUUGAUUUAUUAAUAAGUGAUGUUUAAUGUUUCAUAUAUAAGACUAAGAAAGAUUAUGAACAGAACAUGUAUUGCUAGUCUGGGAUUUUGUAUACUUUUUUGUAUGUACAUAGUAUAGAGAUUAUGCAGUGGAAUGAGGAAUGAUAAUAAUACAAUAAGAAUUAAGGAUCAUUCAAAUUAUUGCUGAAAAGAUUAUUAAUUUUCAAUAAAAGCUUUGUAAACAAAA